AUGAAACGGUUCCUUUCUACUAAGAAAAUAGCUACGAAAGAUGUGGUAGAUUUGGCUUUCCGCCAUGUGAAACCCACAUUGACUACAGGGAAAGGUGAUCCAAAUUCACAACCGGUUUUGAUCAAUAUUCAUGGAAUUUUUGGUUCAUCUGCGAUGUUUCGCUCACUCAGCGGGCCAUUGGCGGACCAAUUGAACAUGGAUGUAUAUUCGAUUGACUUGAGGAACCAUGGGGACUCGCCACAGGCUUUUCCAUACGAUUUUAUGACCUAUGCUAAAGACGUUAUCAAUUUCAUCAAAACCAACAUAGGGCCACAAAGACCGGUGAAUUUGUUAGGGUUUUCCAUUGGAGGGAAGAUUGGUCUUCUUACCACACUUUGCCACCAAAUUAACAUCGAAAAAUGUAUUUCGAUAGAUUUACCGCCAUACGAGACUCCUCAUUUGGAUUCCGUAGUUUUGGAAAACUAUGCUUUGAUUAUGAAGAUUAUUAACAGAGAGAUCAGGAUCGAGAGGGGAAGUCCCGGUUGGAAAAAAGUUCUGCUAGAACAUUUCAAAGCUUUGCCAGCAAACAAGGUUAACAAUGGCGAUCCAUCACUCUAUUUUGCGAGCGGAUUUUUCAAGGUCAGAAAAAAUGAUAUCACUUAUGAGGACGAAAAGAUUCAUCAUCCAGCUGAGGACCGGUACAUAGAUUAUUAUCUGCCGUUAAAGCAGUUUCCAGAUCUUCUAGAUACGCUUAGAGGCUGGCCUGAUCUGCACGGGAUAGAGAAUAGCCAAGGGCUCCUGCAAACCUCGACUCCUAGAUCUGUCCUUUUCAUGAGAGGAUUGAAUUCUUGUUUUAUCAAAGAGGAUUACAGCUUGUUACGACAAUUCUUUCCAAACGCCGCAGUCCGGGAGUUUAAUACUGGCCAUAAUAUGACGGUGGAAGAACCAGAGAAGACUUUCCAAUGCAUUGUCGACUAUUUGAAGGCCUAG